UGUUUUGUCACAAAAGUCCGGUUGUGACUGGUUUGAUCCAGUCUUCUGAGCAUGCGCAAUCGGUGUAAACAGGAAGAAGCUGCGAAAACCAGGGAAAAUCUAGAAGACGAAUAUAUAUUCAACGGGGGGAAAAUCAUAACGUUCAUUGAUUACUCGUAAUUGUAUUAUUUUAGCGCACGAAUAUGUCAACGAAUAUUAUUCUGAAUGUAGUAUUUUAGCACAGCGGUACACGACGAUAGUCAGCAACGUUACAUUAGCUAGACUUUUUCUUAAUUUUUUACAGAUUGGCAACUAACUGAAGCUAGUAGCUGUCGUUUCGUUUAACUAGAAAAUAGUUUGCAAGAAUCUAAUUUGGACAGACAAGUCGAGCAAUAUUUUUUCACACUGCGGCCUGUGAACAACGCCGGGGAUUGUCAGUAAACUAACGUUACACGGUUCAUUUCCCCUCUCCUUUCAAGCCGUCCGGAUGGCCUGCUAACCUCCUAUUGUCGGAGUUUCGGGUCAGACUCCCCUCGUCCAAGCACGUUUUUUCCCCCAAACCCUGUCUGUUGCUAGCUACGAGAACAGACAGUCUAUAGAAAUGGUUCAGAAAGGUAAGGCGGUGGUGGGGACGUCUCAAGUGGAGGUUGAGGCGAGCCCAAGCUCGGGGCCGUCUGAGGCUGGUUCAGAAGCCCCUGGCUCAGUGGAAGAACCGAGAAGCAUCGGGGUGGAACUAUCGGGCCGCAGGAAAUUCAUCAGUGGAGUCGUGGAGGGCUUCUACGGCCGGCCAUGGACAAUGGAACAAAGGAAAGAGCUGUUCAGGAGACAGCAGAAAUGGGGCUUGAACACAUACCUCUACGCGCCUAAAGAUGACUACAAACACAGGAUGUUCUGGAGAGAGAUGUACUCAGUAGAAGAAGCAGAACAACUGAUGACCCUGAUCAGUGCUGCAAAGGAGUAUGGGACCGAGUUCAUCUAUGCCAUCUCCCCAGGCCUAGACAUCACCUUCUCUAACCAGAAAGAAGUGUCCACACUCAAGAGGAAACUGGACCAGGUGACUCACUUUGGCUGCAAGUCAUUUGCCUUACUGUUUGACGACAUCGACCACAACAUGUGCCCCGCCGACAAGGAAGUGUUCAGCUCCUUCGCCCAUGCCCAGGUGUCCAUCACCAACGAGAUCUUUCAGUACCUGGGAGAGCCUGAGACCUUCCUCUUCUGCCCCACAGAGUACUGUGGAACGUUCUGCUACCCCAAUGUGGCCCAGUCUCCCUACCUGCACACAGUGGGAGAGAAGCUGCUGCCUGGUAUUGAAGUGCUGUGGACAGGUCCUAAGGUGGUAUCCAAAGACAUUACAGUGGAGUCCAUAGAGGAGGUCUCUAAGAUCCUGAAGAGAGCUCCGGUAAUCUGGGACAAUAUCCAUGCCAACGACUACGACCAGAAGCGUCUGUUCCUGGGGCCGUACAAGGGGCGCUCCACAGAGCUCAUCCCCCGCCUCAAGGGGGUUCUCACCAACCCCAACUGUGAGUUCGAGUCCAACUUCGUGGCCAUCCACACCCUGGCCACUUGGUACAAGUCCAACAUGAACGGAGUGCGCAAGGAUGUCGCCAUGACGGAUGGAGAGGACAGUACUGUGUCUAUCCAGAUCAAGCUGGAGAAUGAGGGCAGUGAUGAGGAGUUAGAGACAGACAUGUUGUACAGCCCUCAACUGGCCCUGAAACUGGCCCUCACAGAGUGGCUGGGGGAGUUUGUAGUGCCUCACCAGUACAACAGUCGCCAGGUACCCCACAGCGGAGCUAAGAGUUCAGCUAUUGACGUGUCAUCACUAGGUGCCUCCUCCCUCUGCUCUGCUACUACAGUCACUACAGUGUUCCAACAGCCCAUCAUGACCCCCACAGGCGCCCCCGACCCCAACAACCACCCCAUGGCCAAGAGACUGCAACAACAACAAGAGGUGGAGGAGGUGGAUGUUGAGAAGAAGGAGUCUGACGAAGAGCCCAUGGAGAUGGUUGUGGAGAAACCAGAUGAGACGGACCCAGAGUCAGACCCUGUAGCAGAGGCUGCAACUGAGACCAAGAGCAGCCUGGUCCUUAUAGACCAGAUGGCAGAGGAUCUGAAGCCCAUGGACACAGACAGGGAAGUCCUGGUUCCUGAGUCCAAGUCUCCAGAGGAGGACAUUGACAUGGCCCCCAUGCAGACAGACGAACAGCUCAAACAGGAUGUCUUUGUGCCUGGUCCCAAUGAGAAGGCAUUGUACAUGGCAGAGCCUCUCUCUCUGGAGGACCUGACCCUGCUAGCUGAGCUCUUCUACCUGCCCUAUGAAUACGGACCCAAAGCCCUGCACAUGCUCAAGGAGUUCAACUGGCUACGGGCCAAUAGCAGCACCGUCAGCGUCAACUGCGAGGGCAAGGAACCAGAGAAGGUUGUGGAGUGGAAGUCCCGGGCGGAGAAGUUUGAGGAGAUGUGUUGCUCGGUCAUCCAGAUGUUCACCAGGCUGUCUAAUUCAGCCAACCGCACCAUCCUCUACGACCUCUACCCCUACAUCUGGGACAUCAAGAGCAUCACCUCCAUGGUCAAGUCCUUUGUCCAGUGGCUAGGGUGCCGUAGUCAGGCCACUGCACAGUUCCUUAGUGGAGACCAAGAGCCUUGGGCCUUUAGGGGCGGUCUAGCAGGAGAGUUUCAGAGAUUGUUGCCAAUCGACGGGGCAAACGAUCUUUUCUUCCAGCCUCCUCCCGCACUGCCAACAUCCAAAAUCUAUUCCAUCAGGCCCUACUAUGCUAAAGAUGAGCAUGCGGUUUAUAAGAUCUGCAGAGAGAUGUACUCCGAAGGAGUGGAGGAACUGCCCUUCUCUGGAGAGGAGCCAGACCUCAUAGGCGACAGGUUAGUAGGAGGGUUCCUGAACCUGAGUCCAGACUAUGGGUUUGUCCUGGAGGACGAGGAGGGGAUAUGUGGUUACGCUCUGGGCACUGUGGACGUCAAGCCCUUUGUCAAGAAGUGUAAAAUGAGCUGGAUCCCCUCCAUGCAGGAGAAAUACAACAAGCCCAACUGCCAGAAGGACCUCUCUGAGGCUGAGAAGAUGAUGUUGAGUUUCCAUGAGGAGGAGGAGGGCCUCCCAGAAUCGUUCCUCUCCAACUUCCCGUCCCUCAUCAAAGUGGACAUCCAUGCCAAGGUCACCGACCCCAGCGUGGCCAAGAGCAUGAUGGGAUGCCUGCUCUCUUCCCUAAAGGCCAAUGGUUCCAUUGGUGCGUUCUGUGAGGUGCGUCAGGCAGACAAGAGGAUGAUGGACUUCUACAGUAAGCUUGGCUGCUUCGAGGUUGCCAAGAUGGAGGGCUUCCCCAAAGACAUAAUCAUCAUGGGCCGCAGCCUUUGAGAACAACUACAACAUCAUCAACACGGGACGCAGCUUCUGAGACAGUUUAGCCUUGCUAACCAAGCAACCAUGGAGCUGUAUAGAAAGCUUAAGUCAGCCAGGCUAAGGAUCACUGUCUGUUACCUUUACAAAACAACCAAUACUUGAUGAUUUUAUACUUCAACCACCUGGACUAGACAAGGCUAGAGGCAGCCUGUUUUUAGACAGUGUUCAGAAAUAUCGCAUCUUGUACAGAUUCACUGUGCUGCCGCUAAAGGCCAAGAGCUCUGCCGGAUUGAAACAGAAUCCGAAACUGUUAAGAGCCACAGAGGUUAUCUGUAAAGCCCUGUGUGUGUUGAUUUGAGCCAAGAUGGCGGACGGUUUCCCUCUGUCUUUGGUCUCCAGAAUGGAGGUGAUGACUGUUCCCCGUGCGGCUGCAGGAAGUAGGAGCUGGUCAGGUGCCAUCCACUCCCAUUAGCCUUUCAGACCAUUCGACUUGACUGUCAGUAGCCGCGAGUGGGGGUCUGUCUGUGUCUCACACAGACACAGUCAGGGGGUCUAUUGAGAUAUUACUCCAUCUGAAAUUGCUCCCCGUGUAACACAUUACUUUUGUCUGGUUAAAGGUAGUGCAGUGUAUAGAGAAUAGGGAGUUAUUUGAGACUUGGUAGUAGAUCAUGACACUACACCCUAGUAUAGGCCUAGCUGACUGGGUGCUGGUUGGGGAAAAGGGGCCUUUAAAGUAUAUUACAGUUUUCCCCUGCACCACCUCUUCAAACAGGUGGUCCUCCUAGCUAACAGAGUGGAGAGUGGUUUAUGAUUCCACCUAUACUGUUUUCUAGUGCAUCCAUUUCACUCUUGAGUUUGAAAAAUUGUAUCUUUCUGGUGUGUUACAGAUUCCUCAAUAGUUUACCUAACCAAGACAUGCAGAUGAAAUCAUAUGUUUGAGUGUUCGAGGAAACUUCUGAACUUAAGUAACGAGUUGUUUUCUUGAAACCCACCUGAGUAGAAAUGGAUAACCUUGAAGAGAGAGAAAGGAAUAUGUGGAAGUUGUCACUUAUGUUAUGUUUUGUUUAUUCCCUUAACCCUUUGAUUUUGGCCAUGUUUUUUACUAGGGAUGUAACGAUUUACCAAUACGCAUCGGUCCCCGAUUUUAAAAUGUUUUAAGAUAUAAGUGUACCGGUCCACGGACCCCAAACCGAUCCAAAUGUAGCAUGCAUCGGUCAGAAAACGAUUUAAACGUUACAAAUUGCCGGUUCACCAAAAUGUUUUGCUCAUAUUACAUUCUUUCUACCUUCUGAAAAUACUUCUCAACUUUUGUGACAACUGAUGCGUCGUCUUUCCUUCAGUGUCGAACUGCAUGUAACUGUGUUGACAGUCAUUGAUCUACAAGUCAUUUUGCAUGCCGAACAACCCCAGGCAAUAUCAGUAGCCUAGUCAAACUGAUACCCUUUAGACAGACUUUACGGUAUGUUGCCUGUAAAAAAAUUAAAAAAAAUAAAAAAAAAGGCAAUGUUUUUAGGGCCCAAUUCAUAGUCACAUUUUUACCACAUUCUUGCCAGGAUAAGCCUUUUUUUAUAUCUCCCGUGCACAUGCCGGCAAGUGUGGGAGUAGACGUGGGGCCAAUGUGGGUGGACAUCCUAUUUU